AUGAGACCUGCCCAGAGAAGAGAUGAUGUUACUUGGGACCAGAAUGUCAGGAUUUUGUGGUUGCUUAUACGAACUUGGAAGGCGUCUUUUCAACUUAUUUUUCCGUUUUCUGAUUCCGGAACAGUAGUUGAUAUUCCAGAGUGUCUGCUGUACGAACUCUCGGUGUCAAUGUUGACGAGAGAGCAAAUCGUUGAUCUUGCGGGAAGAUUUUCGACAGUUGAUGAAAGUGGCUGCGGUACAAUACCAGUGGCAGAUGUUCAAGAAGCACUUAAAAUUGCAGGCAUUGAUCUUCCAGGUUUCCAGUUUCGUGAGCUAAUGAAGCGUUAUGGGAACGCGAAGAACUUAGCAUUCGAUGACUUUCAAAAUUUGUUUACUGAAUUACGGAGCGAAAGAGAUCAGGAAGUGAAUGAAUGGAAACAGCGCAUUGGUUCAGUGACUGGUGCUUAUACAGUAAAGGGAUUAUCAGAACAAAGUAACGAGGAAAUCGUACAUACCAUUCGAGUCGAGGAGGAAGUAGCUUUUUCAAACUGGAUCAACAGUAAUUUGUGCGAUGAUGCAGAUUUGAAAAAUUUGGUGCCUGUAAAAACUGAUGGUGGAGAUCUUUAUCAUAAAGUGCAAGACGGCCUUAUUAUGUGUAAACUCAUCAAUUUGGCAGUACCUGAUACCAUUGAUGAAAGAGCCAUUAACAAAAAGCAUUUGAACACAUAUACAAAACUGGAGAAUUUGACACUAGCACUUAUGUCAGCACAAGCCAUUGGUUGUAAUAUCGUUAAUAUCGAUGGCGAUGAUCUGAGUAAAGGCAAGCCACAUCUGGUACUUGGCCUUCUGUGGCAGAUCAUUCGGAUCGGUUUAUUCAAUCAAAUUGACUUAAGACAUGUACCUGGACUAUUUCGACUGUUGCAAGAGGGUGAGACAUUGGAUGAUUUACGCAAGCUUUCACCGGAACAAAUCCUGAUACGUUGGGUUAAUUAUCAUUUAGCAAAGGUUGGCUUGAAUCGGACGUUAACGAAUUUUACCGCAGAUGUUAUCGACUCGGAAAUUUAUACUUAUUUACUUAGUGAAAUUGCUCCAAAAGCGGCUAAUGUCUCCCUUUAUCCGCUUUCUGUUAAGGGAAACAUACAAAGAGCAGCGGCUAUGUUAAAUGAAGCUGAGAAGAUAGACUGUCGUGAAUUUGUUGCACCGAACGAUGUUGCUCAAGGGAACUAUAAAUUAAAUCUAGCAUUUGUUGCCAAUCUUUUCAAUAAAUAUCCAAACCUUCCGGAACCAGGAACAGAUGAGUUUGAAAUUGAUGCUGUUGAUGAAACACGUGAGGAAAAGACGUAUAGAAAUUGGAUGAACAGUAUGGGUGUUGACCCACACGUCAAUUGGCUCUAUAGCGAUCUUUGCAGCGGUGUUAUUAUUUUUCAACUUUAUGAUAUAAUUCGCCCCGGAAUAGUGAAUUGGAAACGUGUGGUUAAGAAGUUUUCCAAAUUAAAAGGUAUGAUGGACCAAAUCCAGAACUGCAACUAUGCAAUUGAGCUUGGUAAACAGCUGCGAUUUUCUUUGGUUGGAAUACAGGGCAAAGACAUUUAUGAUGGCAAUCAAACGCUUACACUUGCUUUGGUUUGGCAGCUUAUGCGUGCUUAUACUUUGACUGUGUUAGCGCAGUGUACACAGAGUGGUGAUUCUUUGGCAACUGAUAAAGAAAUUAUUGCAUGGGUGAAUAAAAAAUUAGCCUCUUCUGAGCGAAAAAGAGCUAUAAAGAGCUUUCAAGAUCCAACAAUUUCUGACGCUUGUGUUGUUCUCGACCUUAUUGAAUCAAUCAAGCCAGGCACAAUCAGUUACUCACUCGUAAAAACUGGUACUGCCGAGGAUAAUUUAGAAAAUGCAAAAUACGCAAUCACGUCAGGACGCAAAAUUGGUGCAAAAAUCUAUGCUUUACCAGAAGACAUAGUUGAGGUUAAACCGAGAAUGGUGAUGACCGUCUUUGCGUGUUUGAUGGCACGUGAUUAUACGCCGAAUGUGAAGGAAAUGUCAUCAGUAGAGCCACUCAAAAACCAUGAAUAA